AUGCCUCUCACAAAGGAUCUCCUUGAUCUCUCUCCAGAGGAGAAGAAGAGGAAAGACAAGAAAAAGCGCCUGGUGCAGAGCCCCAAUUCCUCCGUCAUGGAUGUGAAAUGCCCAGGAUGCUAUAAAAUCACCGCGGUCUUCAGCCAUGCACAAACAGUAGUCUUCUGUGUUGGCUGCUCCACUGUCCUCUGUCAGCCUACAGGUGGAAAAGCAAGGCUGACAGAAGGAUGCUCUCUCAGAAGGAGCAGUACUGAAAGCCCCUGA